CACCCCGGCCGUGCCCCGGACACCCUCCCCGGAUCCAGCCCCGGUAGCCCAGCUCGCCCCGUCUGCAGCCCCCACGUGGGGAGUGUCAGUGCCCCGGCCUGGCAGACUUUGCCCCUGGGACUCGGAGCAGGGUUUUCCCUCCGUGCUCCGUGUCCAUGCUGAGCGCAGCGGGGCCCUGAGCCCCGCCGGAGGGACACAGUGCUGUGCGGUGCCCGCAGCCCGGCGGUGUGAGCACGGCGGGGCUCGGCUGUGUCCCCGGGCGCUGCUGAGGCCAUGCUCAGGCUGCGCCUGCUGACCUGGGAUGUGAAGGACACGCUGCUGCGGCUGCGGCAGCCCGUGGGCCAGAGCUACGCGGCCCAGGCCCGGGCCCAGGGCCUGCAGGUGCAGCCCGAGGCUCUGGGGCGCUCCUUCCGUGAGGUGUACGGGGCCCAGAGCCGGCGCUUCCCCAACUACGGCCACGGCCAGGGGCUCAGCUCCCGGCAGUGGUGGCUGGAUGUGGUCAAACAGAGCUUCAGGCUCUCGGGCGUGCAGGACGAGGCAGCCCUGACGAAGCUGGCGGAAAAGCUCUACCGCGAUUACAGCAGCCCCCACAACUGGGAGCUGCUGCCCGGGGCCGCCGAGACCCUGAGCCGGUGUCGCCAGCUCGGCUUCUGCAUGGGAGUCGUCUCCAACUUCGACAGCCGGCUGGAAGCCAUCCUCUCGCAGUGCAAGCUGCGGCAGCACUUCCAGUUCGUGCUCACCUCCGAGGCCGCGGGCUUCGCCAAGCCGGACCGGAGGAUCUUCGAGCAGGCGCUGCGGCUCGGCGGGGCCCGGCCCGAGCAGGCGGCUCACAUCGGGGAUGAUUACAGCCGGGACUACCGGGCAGCCCGGGCUGCGGGCAUGCACAGCUUCCUGCUGAGGGCUGCUGAGCACGGCGAGGGGCCGCGGGUGCCCCCCGAGCACCUCCUGCCCACGCUCGGCCACCUCCUGGCUCGCAUCGAGAAGGAGUAGCUGCGGUUCGGAGGGGUCCGGUGCUGCUCCCGAGCGCUGAGCUGGCCUGACGUGGCAUUUCUUGCUGCCAGGUGGGCAGGGAAGACAGCAAGUCCAAGCUGUCUAUGGAGCAGGAGGAAUGUUCAUGCAAUAAAACAUUUCUGAUGCCCA